CCAGGAAGUGGCUGCCUUGUUAAAAAUUUAUUUUGCACGCUCAUAGGUUUUCACUGAAGCAAAACUGGAUGGUUACAGGCUGGAAACAACCUUCUUCCUUGGAGUUGAGGCAGGGGCCCUGUUUCGGUAUGAGAACUGCCUCUAUUUUCUGUUGCUUUGUCAUGCUUUCUCUAACACAGGGUGCUCUGAAAAAUGAAAUUCAAAACAGAGAUGACAAAAAUGGUAUUCAAACAGUGUGUGGACAGGUGGUGAAGCAGAACCGUAUUGUGGGGGGAGAAGAUGCCUCUCUGAAUGCUUGGCCAUGGCAAGCCAGCCUCCAGUACCAAGGAAAGCAUGUCUGUGGAGCGACCCUCAUCAGCUCUGAAUGGAUACUGACAGCAGCCCAUUGCUUCCCUAAGAAUGCAGUACUCUCUAAUUACCAGGCCAACUUGGGAAACUACCAGCUCUUGAAUCCAGACCCAAAUGCUGUGUGGCGGAGACUGUCUCAAGUGGCUGUGCAUGAGAACUACACCGGAGAUGGAUCCAGUGGAGACAUAGCUCUAGCUCAGCUAGAGCAACCUGUCCGUUUCACCCAAGGGAUCCUUCCAGCCUGUCUCCCAGAUGCCAAAAUCCAGUUUCCAAAGGGCUCCCUUUGCUGGGUGACAGGGUGGGGAUCACCUACAUAUGGAGCCAAUCUGGGAGGUCUUAAAACAUUGCAGCAGGUCCAGUUGCCAUUGAUUGACACCAUGACCUGUGAUGACCUCUUUCACAUUGGUACAAAUAUCAGUCCCACCACCAGAGAGAUCCAGGAUGACAUGUUCUGUGCUGGCUAUGCAGAGGGAAAAAAGGAUGCUUGUUUGGGUGACUCCGGAGGUCCAUUAGUCUGCCAAGCGGAUGGUGCCUGGUUUGUUGCAGGCAUUGUGAGCUGGGGUGAUCUGUGUGGUCUCUCCAAUCGGCCAGGAGUUUACACCCGUGUUAGUUUUUACCAAGACUGGAUUCAGAGUCACUUCUCUGGGGUGCAAUUUGGUCUUAUGAAUGUCACCUAUUAUCGAGUUGCUUCACCACAAGCUGCCUCAAGCCAAGUCCUCAAACAUUUCAAUUUUGUCCUCCAGUUUCUGAUCUCCUGCUUUAUCAUCAUUUUCUGAAAUAGAUCGGGAAUAAGACAUUCUAGUGCUUUUAUUUACCAAGUUGAAUUUUUAUGGAAAAAUAAAUCUUAACUGAAGUCUCCUUGCAACACCAGCAUCUUCCACUAAAAAAGACAUUUAUGGAAUUUUAUGGAAACACCACCAGCUUCUAUCCUUGAUGUGGCAUUAGAAGUCCAUUUCUCCCCAAAAGAAUGGAUUGUGGAAUGUGAAGUUUAUUUUUUUUAUCUUCCAUCAUGUUCGACAAUAGAAUAUUGUGGAUUUUUAAGGCAUUAGAGAUGUGGAGAAAUCUUUUACUGGUGGGAGAGUCAUAUUUCUUCAUUUUGUUCUGUUCAUCUAACUCUCUGAAGGAGAACAAGAGUUCUUAUGUUUGUUUCUCAAAGGUGCUUUUCAUGUCACUUCAUAUAUAUAUACCAUCUCACUUACCAAAGGGCUACUUUUUAUCAAGAGGUUCUUUCCAAAGGUAACAGGAAAAGGAAAUAUGGAAGAGCCACCCUAUUCAAGUCAUAUUGAACUUUCAUCAACAUUUCUGGAUAGCAUUUGGCUGGCACUGCUCUAACCCAACAGUUCCUGAUCUGAAUUUGAAAUGGUGAGAAAAGUGGCAUAUAAAACAGCUAAAUGAAACCUUGUUCCUUUAGCAGACUAGAGCUCAUCAUCUCAGGAAUCUCAUUUUGCCAUAGUGUCUACCUCUGACUUAGCCUUAGACUUGAUCUACCCAUACACUUGAAUGAAAUUGUAGAAUCUUGAAGUUGUAGAAUGGUAGGUAGAUCAUACCAUUUGAAAAUGCAGACAGGGAAGUAGUUAUCUUCCAACAUUUCCCCCCAAAUAAUACAUUAAGA